AUGAGUAAAAUACAGAAAGGAUGUGAAAUCUAUGCAAAACAAAGAGAAAGACAAAAAAACAUUGAUGCUACUAUUAGUCGGUUUCAUCAAGAAGUCAACAGUGGUCCAGAAUGCGUUUGUUGUGUAUGUCAUCGUUUAUUGUUUAGGAAACAAGUUAUUGAGUGUAAAUCUGAUUGCUAUGAACAAAAAGGACAGCACAUAGCUGAUUUAAGUAAAAGAUGCAUCACACUGAAGUAUUUACAUGUAUGUGACACUGAAUGUGAGCGCAGUUGUAAUUUAUCUGGUCAUUUAGCCUGUAAUUUGUGGAUAUGUUAUACAUGCCAUCGAAAAAUCCUUAGAGGACAACUACCUGAAGAGAGUGUUGCCAACAAUAUGCAUUUGGAGGACAUUCCUAAAGAAUUAAAAUGUCUAAACUCAUUGGAACAACAUCUAAUAUCACUCAAUAUUCCUUUUCUUAAAUUGCUAUGUCUUCCCAGAGGUGGGCAGAGGGGUUGCCAUGGACCUGUUGUCUGUAUUCCGGUUAAUACUACAAACAUGACCAACAUACUUCCACGAAAUGAAUGUGAUGAUCAUAUGAUAAAAAUCAAACUGAAACGAAAAUUGACAUACAAAGGCCAUUAUGAAUUUAAAUAUGUCCACACCGAUCAUGUCAGAAAUGCUUUAGUAUAUUUGGUGAAAAAAAACAAGAUGUAUAAAGAUGUGGAGUUUAAUGAGCAGUGGAUUAACAACUUGAAUGAACCUGACGAGGCUGAUGGUAAUGAAAUGCAAGAAGAUAAUGUUUCUGAUAACAGUGACGAUGAGAAGGUAGCUGAUGAUGAAACACAGGAAGACCUUACAUAUAUCAAGGAGCAAGGUGGACUUUUGUCAGACACAUCACUACAGCCUGUUGACAUUGGUUCAGAAAUAAUUGAUCAACAUUUUCAUGAUGUACUAAAUGUAGCACCAGGUGAAGGUAACAGUCCUGUCAGGUUGUUAUCAGAUGAAACCAAUGAGGCUAAGUGCUUCCCUUUUCUCUAUCCGACUGGUGGUCCAACAUUUCACGAUGACAGACCAGAAAAAAUCACAUUGUCAAGAUACCUGAAUGCACGAAUAUUAAAUGCUGAUGGACGUUUUGCUCAGAAUUCAGACUUCAUUUUUUAUGCUCAGUAUAUAUCAGAAGUUGAGCAAAUUCUGUCUAAUGUCUCAAUUGCAUUACGAAAAGGUUUUGAGAAAGGUAGUUUAUCAGAGCUGACACCAGAUAUGCUGACAAAUCCUGAUUCCUUGCAAAAUAUACUUAAGUUUGAUGAAGGAUAUAAGUUUUUGAGACCAGUCAGAGGGACCCCUCCCUAUUGGAUGUCUACACAGAAAGAUCUAUUUGCUUUAAUUAGACAACUUGGCAUACCAACAUUCUUUGCAUCUUUUAGUUCUGCUGAUAUGAGAUGGCCUGAAAUGUUGAACACCAUUAUUAAACAAGAGGGCAAACAAAUCAAUUUAGAUCAACUUGCCUGGGCUGAGAAAUGCGAACUUAUACGAAAAAAUCCUGUCACUGCAGCAAGAAUGUUUGAUCACAGAUGGCAUUGUUUUUUGAAACAUGUCAUUAUGUCACCAGCUGAACCUAUCGGUAAAAUAAAAGACUAUUUUUAUCGUGUUGAAUUCCAACAACGUGGUUCUCCUCACGUUCACUGCCUGUUUUGGGUAGAAAAUGCUCCAAAGCUUAAUGAUGAUGAUGAAGCUAAUGAUCCUGUGGUUGCUGAUUUCAUUGACACAUAUAUCACCUGUGAGACACCGCCAGAACAAGACAUAGAACUCUUUGAAACAGUAAACAGUGUGCAGAAGCACAGUACAAGACAUUCAAAAACAUGUCGCAAGAAAAAUACAGUAUGUCGUUUUAAUUUUCCAAGACCUCCAUCUAGCCGUACCUUUAUUACAAGAGCAUCUAAUGCAGACGAGUUUAAAGGGAAAAAUGAAGAUGACACAGCAAAUGCCAUUUUACAAAAAAUCAAAAAUGCUUUAAACUCUGAUGUUAUUUUUGAUUCAACUGAUGAUUUAUUCUCUUCUGUGGGUAUUUGUCAGGCUGUCUUUGAAAAAGCAUACAACAAAUGUUCUAAAAAGAAAUCCAUUGUCUUGAAACGAAAUCCAAAAGAUAUUUGGGUAAACCAGUAUAACAGAGAUUUACUGCGUGCUUGGCAAGGAAAUAUGGAUAUUCAGUAUGUCACAGAUGCCUUUUCUGUAGUAGUUUAUAUACUAAGCUACAUUACAAAAGCAGAACAAGAAAUGGGACUUUUGCUUCAACGUACGCAAAAUGAAGCUAUGAAUGGAAAUCUUGAAGCUAAGGCAUCUUUAAAGCAAUUGGGAAGUGUUUAUUUGCACAGCCGCGAAAUUUCCGCGCAAGAAGCGGUGUACAGACUGACAGGCAUGCAUUUAAAGGAAUGCUCACGUAAAGUACAAUUUAUUCCAAUAGGACCAAAUCCUGUAAAGAUGAGUUUGCCUUUAAAUGUGCUUAAGAAUAAAGUGAAGAAAGAACAGUCUGAUGAUGAAAGCAGUCUUUGGAUGACAAGUUUUGUUGAUAGGUACAAGAACAGACCACAGAAACAACCACUACUUAAUCUUUGUCUUGCCAGUUUUUGUUCUGAGUACAGAGUUUUGACAAAAUCAGAAGUUUUGUCACAAAAACAAAAUGCAGAAACUGAAGUUAUUAAACUCAAUAAUAACUGUGGUUAUGUGAAACGAAGAACACGAACCGAGCCAGCUGUUGUCAGAUAUCCGAGAUUUUCGCCCACAAAAGAUCCAGAAAAAUACUAUCAUGCACUAUUGCAGCUUUUUCUACCACAUUAUGAUGACUGUCACUUGAAGCCAAGCAACUAUAAGACAUAUGAGGAGUACUACAACAGUGGUGUCAUAAAAACUAAAUCUGGAAUGCAAAAUGUGAAAUUAAUUGUUGAUUGCAACAGAGAAUUGUUUGAAAAGGACUCUGAUAAAUUAGACCGAGCUAAGCAGCUUUUGGAGCAGGAUAUAGAUUUAGAGGAUGCUUGGGCUGCAAUAUGUCCUGAAACUGAAAGAGAACGUCACGAAUGUAUGGAACUGAUGCAGAAUAAAGUAUUGCCUGAUGAAGAUAACACUCAAAACCUUAUUCCAGAUCUUACAGGAAACCAACAAACUAUUUCUACUGUACAAACAAACCAUACCACAUUGCCUAGAAAUGAAGCGUUACAUUUACUGCGAUCAUUAAAUGAGGAACAGUCUGACAUAUUCUAUAAAGUCCGUCAGUGGUGUUUACAAAAAGUACUUGGACAAAACCCUGAACCUAUCAGAAUGUUUAUCACUGGUGGAGCAGGCACAGGAAAAAGUCAUUUAAUUAAGGCAAUACACUAUGAAUCUUGCAGAUUGUUAUCUCAGCUGUCUGAAAAUCCUGAUGAUGUUACUGUGCUUUUGACAGCUUCGACAGGAGUAGCAGCCUUUAAUGUUGGUGCUUCAACUGUUCAUAAUACAUUUUCAAUUGGUGCAAAUGUCAGAUUGCCAUAUCAACCGCUUAGUGAUGACAAAAUAAAUUCUUUACGUAUCAAAAUGGGUAACCUGCAAAUUUUGAUUAUUGAUGAAGUCUCUAUGGUUGACCAUCGUCUGUUGUCAUACAUUCAUGGAAGGCUGCGACAAAUAAAACAAACUGGUGAUUACUCUUUAUUUGGAAAAGUCAGCAUUAUUGCUGUGGGUGAUUUCUAUCAGUUACCACCUGUGAAAGGAACUGCUCUUUAUGCUGAUUCAAAAGGAGUCAACCUAUGGGAAAGCAACUUUGAGCUUGCUGAAUUAACUAAAGUUGUUAGACAACAAGAUGCAUCUUUUGCUGGAAUGUUAAAUCGCAUGAGAGUUCAUAAGAAAAGUGAAGAUCUUACCACUACUGAUAUUGAUGUGUUGAAAAAAUGUGAAACAGGGGAGAGAUGUAAUGACCUUCACAUAUUUGCUACAAAUAGCGAGGUUGAUAAAUACAACAUUGAAAGACUACAUGAGUGUUGUCCAGAUGCAAUUAGUAUAAAUGCUCAGGAUUAUAUCAGAAACUCAAAAACUGGAAGAAUGGAACGUAAAGUUGGAUACCACGCUACAGUUUUCAACUCAUGUCUAUCUAAAUGCAUUUCCUUGGGUGUUGGAGCAAGGGUUAUGUUAAAGAAAAAUAUUGAUGUAGCAGACGGUCUUGUCAAUGGAGCUUUUGGUACGGUUGUUCACAUAAGUGAAAGUCAGAAAAAAGGUGAAGAUAAUGACGAUUUCCCAUCAGCUAUUUAUGUAGAGUUUGAUAAUCCAACUGUUGGGAAAGUUCAAAGAUGCAAAAAACGUUACACACUUUUUCCAAAUUCAACUGUAAUUGAAGUACAAGAAGACCAGGUCACAAAUGCUGGUGGCAUAAGACGGCAAUUUCCACUCAGAUUGGCAUGGGCAUGUACAGUUCACAAAGUACAAGGACUCACAGUAGAUAAAGCUGUUGUUUCACUUAAUAAAAUCUUUACAGCAGGACAAGCAUAUGUUGCUUUAAGCCGAGUUAGGUCUCUUAGUGGAUUAAUCAUUGAGGACUUUAAAGAAUCUGUCAUAUUUUGUAAUGAAAAAAUCGAGUUGUCUUUGAAAGAUAUGACAAAAAUAAAAUUGGACAAAAACAUGGCUAAAUGUUAA